UUUAUUUAUUAUUUUUUAAACAUUUUAAGAGAAAAUUGAUGCCACCCAAACAAUUACAUACUAUAAUUGGGAAUAUUCCAUCCUUUAUUUGUCAAUUCAGUUAUCCAUUUGAUCUUUAAAAACAUCACUGAGGUCUGUAAACUUUAAAACUUCAAGGCCCCCAUCGUCUUUACUAUUAUUUACAACGUCUUUUAUUGUUAUAAAUAGUGUUUCUUUUCUUUUUCUCCCUCCAAAUAAAAUCACACAGAAUCUUAUCCAAUUUCCUGACAACACUUUGUUGGAACUUUAACGCGAUAACAAGCGUGAGCCAAUCCGACGCCGUUUCGUCAUCAAACGGCGCCAGAACCCGGAGGGUCGAUGACGCUAUUUUUGUGCGCCAGGAAACCGGCUUGUAGUUAGCACGAAAAUGAUGGUUAAUUCGUGUGGAUAUUUUGGGGAGGGAUUUUUUAAAUGUUAAUUAUUUGUAAUAUGACUGAACGUUAUAUGUAAUUAGAUUUGAUUCGUACUCAAACAAACUGGACUGUUGAAAUUUCCGCGAAAUAUAGCGGCGUCUCUUGUUUUGAUGCCUGAGAAAAGAGACAGAGAAAAGCCUUGCGUUGCGUUAUUGUCGUGAAUAAGAGACGGUGUUGCUUUCCGUUAUGAGUUAUGGCUACGGAAGAGGAAGGGGCCGGAGAGGAGGAGGAGGAGGCGGUGGUGGUGGUGGAGGCAGAGGCAGAGGAGGAGGAGGAGGAGGAGAGCGGUGGAGCUCCGACUGGGAAGCCCGGGAUGAGCAUCCCCGAGGCGGCGGAGGCCGCGGGAGACACCCGCCGCACCUGAAAGGCAGAGAGAUCGGACUGUGGUACGCCAAAUGGGGAGGACUGAAACGUGCAGAGGCCGAGAGGAAGUCGAGAGCCGUAGUUCAGAUGGACGAGUCGAGAGAGCAGCACAUCACACAGCUGCUCAAUUCGGUGCAGAGAGAACCGUCCCGUGACUACGGGCCGGCCGUCCCACCGUACCGGCAGGUGAAGCCGGAACCGAGCGGCCACAGCUACUUUGAUGGCGACGAUCCUCCAGAACAGCCGCAGAAAACGGUGAAAGUGGCUAAAAUCGAGUCGGUGAAGGUGAAGGAAGAGGAGGCGGAGAUAAAGACCGAGGUAAAAGAGGAGAUAAAGACCGAGGUAAAAGAGGAGCGCGUCGAUCGCGAUCUGGAAUACCUGGUGCAGGAGAUCGAUCGAAAGCCUUCACUGGAUGAGGAGCUGAAAAGCGAGCUUCAGAGCAAGAGACAGAAUGCUAAAUAUCUGGAAAUGCUGACGUUUCGGGAGAAGCUGCCUUCAUACAGCAUGAGAGAGGAGCUGGUGAAGCUGAUCCAGGCCAACCGUGUGGUGGUGGUGAGCGGAGAAACCGGCUGCGGCAAAACCACGCAGGUCACGCAGUUCAUCCUGGACGACUACAUCCGGCGCGGCAUGGGCUCGCUCUGCAGGGUGGUGUGCACGCAGCCCCGACGCAUCAGCGCCAUAUCGGUGGCCGAGAGGGUGGCGGCGGAGAGGGCGGAGUCUGUCGGAGAGGGGAAGUCCUGCGGAUAUCAGAUCCGUCUGCAGAGCCGGUUGCCACGGAAACAAGGCUCGGUGCUGUAUUGUACGACGGGAAUUAUUCUUCAGUGGCUGCGCUCGGAUCCGUGUUUGUCGAGCAUCAGUCACCUGGUUCUAGACGAGAUCCACGAGCGCAGCCUGCACUCAGACGUCCUCCUCACCAUCGUCAAGGACCUGCUGAGCCACAGAGACGACCUCAAGGUCGUGCUCAUGAGCGCCACGCUGAACGCCGACAAGUUCAGCAAGUACUUCGAUCACUGCCCCAUGGUCCACAUCCCGGGUCACACCUUCCCCGUGAAAGAGUACCUGCUGGAGGAUGUGGUCGAGAUGCUCAGGUUCCGGCCGCAGCAGCAGCAGGAUCGUCGUCCCCGCUUCAGGAGAGGGUUCAUGAACGGCCAAAACGUGCGUCCCGAGAAGCAGGAGAAAGAAGCAGAAUACAAAGAGAGCUGGCCGUGUUUCGCUCGCACACUCGGAGACAGGUUCUCUGACGGCACCGUCGACACCCUGGAGAUGAUGGACGAGGAUGACAAGAUCAACCUGGAGCUGAUUGUAGCACUCAUCCGCCACAUCGUGCUGAACGAAGACGACGGAGCUAUCUUGGUGUUCCUACCCGGCUGGGACAACAUCAGCAGCCUGAACGACCUGCUCAUGGCCGACCAGAUGUUUAAAUCUGAUAAGUUCGUGAUCAUUCCACUGCACUCGCUGAUGCCCACGGUCAACCAGACGCAGGUUUUUAAAAGGCCACCCGCCGGAGUCCGGAAGAUCGUGAUUGCAACCAACAUAGCAGAAACCAGUAUCACUAUAGACGACGUGGUGUACGUGAUCGAUGGAGGCAAAAUUAAGGAAACUCACUUCGACACGCAGAACAACAUCAGUACGAUGACGGCAGAAUGGGUGAGCCUCGCCAACGCCAAGCAGAGGAAGGGGCGCGCCGGCAGGGUGUCUCCAGGUAAAUGCUAUCACCUGUAUAACGGCUUGAGGGCGAGUCUGCUGGACGCCUACCAGCUCCCUGAGAUCCAGCGCACACCGCUCGAGGAGCUCUGUCUGCAGAUUAAAAUCCUGAAGUUGGGCCCAAUCGCAUCAUUCCUGAGGAAGACUCUGGACCCUCCGUCAGACAGAGCCAUCGAGCUGGCUAUCACUCACUUAAUGGAUCUGAAUGCAUUGGACCGGAAUGAAGAGUUGACCCCAUUGGGUUUCCACCUGGCCCGUCUGCCCGUGGAGCCACACAUCGGAAAGAUGAUUCUGUUCGGCGCUCUGCUCGCCUGCCUGGACCCCGUGCUGACCAUAGCAGCUAGCCUUAGCUUUAAAGACCCGUUCUUCAUACCAAGGGGAAGGAAAAAAAUCGCCGACCAAAGAAGAAAAAUCCUGUCCAAAAACACCAAGAGUGACCACCUGACUGUAGUCAACGCCUUCCAGGGCUGGGAGGAAGCGAAGAGGCGGGGCUACAGGUGCGAGCGGGAAUACUGCUGGGACAACUUCCUGUCAGCCAACACGCUGCAGAUGUUACAGAAUAUGAAAGGACAGUUUGCGGAGCAUCUCUUGGCCGCUGGGUUUGUGAGCAGUAAAGACCCAAAACAUCUCGGCGCCAACAUCAACUCCGAAAACGAGAAGCUCCUGAAGGCAGUCAUCGUGGCCGGCUUGUAUCCCAAAGUGGCCAAGAUCCGGCCGAGCCCGCACAAGAAGAGACCCAUACCAGCGAAGGUGUACACCAAAGCUGACGGGAAGGUCUGCAUACACCCGAAAUCUGUCAACUCCGAGGAGACGCAGUUCCACUACACCUGGCUCAUCUAUCACUUGAAGAUGAGAACCACCAGUAUCUUUCUGUACGACUGCACAGAGGUGUCUCCAUUCUCGCUCCUCUUCUUCGGGGGUGAUAUCUCCAUCCAGAAGGACAAAGAGCAGGAGACCAUCGCCGUGGACGAAUGGAUCGUCUUUCAGUCUCCGGCUCGCAUCGCUCACCUGGUCAAGGACCUGAAGAAGGAGCUGGAUCUGCUGCUGGAGGAGAAAAUCAAGCGGCCCCGCCCCGUGGACUGGAGCGACCGCGCCUCGAAAGACUGCGCCGUGAUCUCGGCCAUCGUCGACCUCAUCACCACGCAGGAGACCGCGACGUCUUCGCAAGAGCCGUACAGGAAAAGCCACCAGCACUGGGACUAGAAGCUGACGCUCGUACCGAGGGUCCGAUCGAAUCCGAUCGAUCCGUCUCGGCAGAUGUUCUCACCGUAAAGUUCUCGCCUAUACCGUAGUGCUGUUGAGUUCUCCAUGCUGAUUGGCCAGAAGGGGUUGAGUUGAAUUUUCUCUAAGAGCAGCUCUGAUCAGUAGUGCAACCGCACUGUAAUUGCAGGUUUAUAUAUAUAUAUAUAUAUAUAUAUAUAUAAAUAAAAAUGCACGCGUUUUAAUAUGGUUUCUAUAGUAACACCUCGUAUGACGUUCUCUCCGUAUAAACGUAUCGUGGAAUUGUCGAUGUUGAUGAGUAAGGAGUUUACCAGUGAUGGAAGGAGUCUCCAGUGUCAGGUAAAGCCCUGACUUUAAACACUCACCCCGUCUACCAUCGACGAGCGACUUCCGAGAAAUUCCGCUUAUUGCCCCUUUAACUUUAAGGACUGGCCGGUGAGUGUCUCAUCUUCACAACCCACGUGUGUUUAGACCUGCAGUUUAUACGUAAAUCUUCCCGGCAGGACUGACCCACUCACGAGACUCACUAGAAUUAUUUCUUUGCUUCUUUGUGUGUCACAAUUUCUAUUUUUACGUUUGCCUUUGCACCGUUUCACCCCCCUCCCCCUCCCCCUCCCCCUCCCCCUCCUUCAGCUAC